AUGAAUGAAAUAAUGGAUGAAGGAAAGAAAAAGAACAAGAAUAGAAAACAUAUUAGUUCUUUAGAUGAAGAGAAAUUAUUUGAGAAUAUAUCUAAAGAUGACUGUGGAAUAGUAAAAAAGUUUACAUUAGGAGUAUGUGCUAUGGAGAGUAAAGUUGAGAGUGCUCCAAUGGAAUGUAUAUUAAAGCGUCUAGCAAAGAGUGGUGAUUUCCAUAUAAUAAAAUUUAAAGAGGAUAUGAUAUUAAAUCAUGAUAUAGAUUGUUGGCCUGUUGUUGAUUGUUUGAUUGCUUUUUAUUCUACUGGUUUUCCUUUGAAGAAAGCUAUAGAAUAUGUAAAAAAAUAUAAACCUAUAACCUUAAAUAAUUUAGAGAAGCAGAUGAUAUUACGAUCAAGAUUACAGAUUUAUGAAGAAUUAAAAAAGUGGAGAGUACCUCAUGCGAAUUAUGUAGUUGUAGAUCAUGAUACUGUAAAAAAAGGAGAACAUGUAUUUGAAGAAUAUUAUGAUUAUAUAGUAUAUGAUAAUAUAAGAUUAAAUAAACCAUUUAUAGAAAAACCAAUAAAUGCUGAUAAUCAUAACAAUUGGAUAUAUUAUCCAAAAAAUACAGGAGGUGGUUGUAAAAAAUUAUUUCGUAAGAUAAAAGAUAGAAGUAGUGAAUAUUGUCCAGAUAUACAUAAAGUUAGAACAAAUGGUACAUAUAUAUAUGAAGAAUUUUUAUCUACUUUUGGUACUGAUAUAAAAGUAUAUACUGUAGGUCAAAUGUUUGCACAUGCAGAAGCUAGAAAAUCUCCAGCUUUAGAUGGUAAAGUUUGUAGAACAUCUGAUGGAAAAGAAGUUAGAUAUGCUGUUAUAUUAUCAGAAGCUGAAAAAAUUAUAGCUUAUAGAAUUGUUGAAGCUUUUCAACAAACAGUCUGUGGAUUUGAUAUUUUAAGAACUACUAUGGGUCCUUUUGUUUGUGAUGUUAAUGGAUGGUCCUUUGUAAAAGGUAAUAUAAAAUAUUAUAAUGAUUGUGCUCAUAUUUUAAGAGCUAUGUUUCUAGCUAAAUUAGAAGAAAAAUAUAAUAUUAUUCCAAGAGAUUUAGCUGAUAAUUGGUAUAAUAUUGAAAAUGAAGAAGAAGUAUUAAGAAAAACAUUCAGACAACCAGAUGAUCUACAUUGUUCACAUCAUGAAGAAUUAUGUUCUGUAAUCAUUGUUAUGAGACAUGGUGAUAGAAAACCAAAACAAAAAAUGAAAUUCUUUACAAACAAACCUUUAAUUCUUGAUUAUUUUAAUUCAGAAGAAAAUUUAUAUAAUGUUAUAUCAAAUAGAUAUACUCAUGAUGAUACUAUUAAAAUAAAUAAUAUUGAACUCAAUACUACUAAUUAUAAUAACAAAACAGAUGAUACAAAUAAUCAAAAUAAUAAUAAUAAUAUCAAAAAAUGUAAUUCAAAUAUAUGUAAUGCUAAUAUAAAUGAUGAUACUCAAAAAAAUAAAAUAAAAGAACAAUGCACUAAUCAUCAUGAAACGUCUAAUAAUAAUUCAAAUAUAUCAAAUAAAGAAAAUUUAAAUGAAAAUAAUAAAAUAAAUCAAACCAAUCAUGAUAAUCAAAAUGAUUGCACAUGUAUUGAUAAAAAUAAUACAAUUAAAGAUCCUAAUAAUAAAGAUAAAACCGACAAAAAUGAUACCCUUCUUCAAUCUGAUAACAAAAUGAUGAAUGAAAAAAAUUCUUCAAAUAAUAAAAAUAUGAACACAGAUAUAUGCAAUACACCUGUCCAAACAGAUGAAGUGAAACAAAACAAUUUAUAUAAAUCUUAUAGUAAAAAAGAAAUAAAAUUUAAAUCACCAGAGGAAUUAGAAGAUCUUUUCUUAAGAAAUAAUGUUAUAUUGAAUGAUAUAGAAAAGGAAUAUAAAUUAAUAAAAGAACAACUUUUUAAUAUUCAACAAAAAUUGGAAAAAGCAGAUAAUAAUGAUAAAUCUGAAAGAGAUGAAGAAAAAUUAAAUGGAACAAUUGAAAAGGAGGGGUUGAUUAUAUCUGAUAUGAAAAAUAAAGACAAUGAAAAGGUUGUAGAUAAAAAGGAAACCACCGAUACUAAUAAAUCGAAGGAUGAUCAUGAUGAAAAUAAUAAUAGUAGUGUAAAAAUAAAUUUACAGGGUAACAAUAAAGAGACAGAGGAAGAAAGGUUGAAUAUGUGUUCAGAAAAAGAUGCAUUGAAUUUAAUGACAAAAGAAGAAUUAGAAAUAAAAAGAGGUGAAUAUGAAGUUAUGAUUGAAAAUCAUAAAACAUUACAAAAGAUUUUAGAAAGAGGUGAUGGUUUCACAGGUAUAAAUAGAAAGAUUCAAUUGAAACCUAUAGAUUUAAUUAUAUUAAAUGAUAAAGUUAUAGUGACUAAAAUACUUGUAGUUGCAAAAUGGGGUGGUGAAUUAACAAGAAUGGGAAGAAGACAAUCAGAAAAUUUAGGUAAAAGAUUUAGAGCUACAUUAUAUCCAGGUGAUUCAGAUGGAUUAUUAAGAUUACAUUCAACAUUUAGACAUGAUUUUAAAAUUUUUACAUCUGAUGAAGGUAGAUGUCAAAUAACAUCAGCUGCAUUUACAAAAGGUUUUUUAGAUUUAGAUGGAGAAUUAACACCUAUAUUAGUUGCAAUGGUUAUAAGAAAUUCUAAAGCACAUAGUUUAUUAGAUGAUAAUAAUCCAUGUUUAGAAAGAUCAGAAUGUAAAGAAUAUAUUGAUGAAAUAUUAAAUGAAAACCAAGAUAUUGAUGAAGAUUUAUUAAAAAAGCUAACACCUGGAAAACAUGCAAAAGGAUUUAGAGAAUCAUUAAGAAAAAUAUCAAACUUUUAUAUAUUAAUGGAUAAAGUAAGAACAACUAUAUAUGAUUUCUUAAAAAGUUUGAAUCAAGAAGUACAAAAAUGGUUAAACUUAUUUCCAUAUGAUGAAUAUGCAUUAUAUGUAAUUGAUAUAUUACAUGAAAUACAAGUUAGAUGGAAAUCACUAACAAAAAUGUGGUAUAAAAAAAAUAAAAAUAAAUAUGAUACUUCAAAAAUUCCAGAUAUUGUAGAUAAUAUAAGAUUUGAUUUAAUACAUCAUCAUUCAUAUCUAGGGAGUGGUUUAGAUAAAGCUUUCGAGAUUUAUAAUCAAAUAGAACCACUAGCCAAUUUUAUUUCACAAGCAGAAUAUGGUAUUACACCUCAAGAUAAAGUCAAAAUUGGUGUACAUAUUGUAGGCAAAUUAUUAAGAAAAUUAAUACAUGAUGUAACAUAUUAUAGAGAUGAAGAAGAAAGAAAUAAAAAAAAUAAUAAAGGAAAUAAUGUUCUCAAAAAUGCUUUACAUAUUUCUUAUAUGAAUCCAUUUUAUUUUAAAAAAACAGAAGAAUUACAAAAAAAAGAUAAGCAACAACAUCAAAGAGAUACAUCCAAAAAUUUUAAUAUGUGUAAAUAUGAUACAAAACAAAAAUUUCUAGAUAAUUUCUUAUUCAAAAGGGAUGAUACUGAUAUAAAUAAAAAAAUAGAAACAAAUAAUAAAGCAAACACGAUAAAUGAUAAACCGGAUAUAUUAUAUAAUACAAAUGAUAAUAAUGAAAAAAAUGAAAAAAAUGAUAAAAAUGAUAAAAAUGAUAAAAAUGAAAAAAAUAUAAAUGAACUAAUACAACAAAAUAAUAUACAAACAAAUCAUAAUGACAAAAAUGAUCAUAUAAAUAAAUGUGAACAAGGAAAAAAUAAGGAAGAUAUUAUCAAAGGGAUAGAUAUAAAUGAUAAUAAUAUUAAUAGUAAUAAUAUUCAUAAUAUUCAUAAUAAUAAUAAUGAUGAUGAUGGUGAGAAUAAGAAGAAUAAUUAUAUAGAAGAAACAGAGGAGAUGAAAAAAUCUUUUAAUGUAAAAGAAGAAAAUAGUUCUAAUAAUGAAACAAAUAGACAUACAGAUAAUUCCUAUUUAAGAUAUGCUAGUAUAUGUUCAGAAAAUUGUAAAAGAAAUUUAAUAACUUAUAAUGAAAAUCAAAGAAAAGAUAAAUUAGAAAAAUGUUCUUCAUUAACCGAAAAAUCUAUACCAGAUAUAUCUAUAAAUAUUAUUAAUAAUAGAAAAGAAUGUAUAUGUAAAAAUAAUUUAAAUGGUAAUGAAAAAAAUAAAAAUACAUUAUAUAAAUGUGAUGAUUUAAUAUGUAAUAUGAAACAUUCAGAAACGGUUAAUGGAACGAGUUCAGAACCUAGUAAUUCAAAACGAAUCUUAAAUAAGUCGUUGUGUAUAGGAUAUAGUAGUACUACUAAUGAUAAUAACAAUAAUAUGAAUGGUAAUCAUAAAAAUGUUAACGAUGAAUAUAAUACAAAUGAUAACAACAAUAAUAAUAAUAAUAAUAAUAAUAAUAAUAACAAUAAUAAUAAUACAACGUCCACAUUUUUAGAUUCCAAUAUAUCAGACAGCUAUAACGAACUAAAAAAUUAUAAAAGCACUGUUACAUAUAAUACCAAUGUUAAAGAUAUAUAUACCCCAAAAUUAAUCAACAAAAAAGAAGCCCUUGUUAUUAAUUCCUCAGAUUUAUGGGCACACCAAAAUAAAUAUAGGAAGGAAAAUAAUGAGAAACAAAAAAUGAAAAAAAUAAAAAAUAUGAAAGAUAAUGACUUGAAUGAAAAAAAAGAAGAUUCUAAUGAUCGAGGUGUCGCAUAUAAAUAUAGUGAAAAUUUUUUAAAAAAAGAAAGUGGUUCCUAUUUUAUGAGAACUCUAGAAGAUUCUGAUAAAAGGAAUAAAACAAAAGUGGAUGACGAUCAAAUGGAUUCUACUUCUAAUGUACAUGAAAAAAUGAAAGAAUCAAAAAAUAGCGGAAGUCUAGAAAAUAAAUAUGACAAUGAAAAUAAAGAAGAUAAAGAAGACAAAGAAAAUAAUGAUGAACGUGUGAAAAUUUUUAAAAAUAAUGGUAAAGAUGAUAGUAUGAAAGGUACCAAUGUGGAUGAAGAAGAUAAAGAAAAUAUUAAAAAUGAAUGCAAUAAGUUAGAUACAAAUAAUAUAAAAGAAGAUACAGAUGUAAAUAUAAAUGGAAAAGAAAAUCAAAAUGAUGAAAAAGUCAAUGGUGACGUAGACGUCGACGUCGACGUCGACAUUGAUGUUGAUGAAGAUGAAGGUGAUGAAGAAGAACAUGAACAUGAUGAUGAUGAAGAUAUAAUUCGAUUAAAAGAAACAGAUGCUAGAAGAUUAGGUAUAAGAUCACCUUGGAGAAUGGUAAGAUCACGAUAUUAUGUAACAUCAGCAUCUCAUAUGAUAUCAUUAUUAAAUAUUUUAAUACAUGCAAAAAAAGCAGAUAAUACUAUAAGUCAAAAUAUUAUAGAUAAUGAUUCAUUCAAGAGUGUAAGUGAUGUUACUGAUUUGCAUUAUUUAUCACAUCUAGUUUUUAGAGUAUGGGAACGAAAACAUCUAAAAAGAGAUGAUAGUAAUAGAUUCCGUAUAGAAAUAUUAUUUAGCUCAGGAGCUAAAGAUGGAUUCGGUCAGAAUUAUGAAUUAUUAGAAAAAGAUGCAAAGGCACAACAACAAAAAUAUGAAAGACAUUUUAAUAAAUAUUUUGAUGAUACCAAGAAGAUUAAUACAGACAAGAAUUUAGGGACCACAACAGGGAUGGUAAGUGGUGCUGAUACGCAAAAUGGUACAGUGGUGGGUUCACAAAAUGGUACAAUUGUGGGUUCACAAAAUGGUACAAUUGUGGGUUCACAAAAUGGUACAAUGGUGGGUUCAAAAAAUGGCACAGUGGUGGGUUCACAAAAUUGUACUGUGGUGGGUUCACAUAAUGGUACCAUCAUAGAUACAUCAAAUAUGCAAGACAGUUACAAAAAUGUGAAUAACCAUGUGAAUCAAAAUAAUUUAGAAGAAGGAGGUACUAAUGGAAAACAAGUCCAAGCAGAGGCAUGCAUAAAUAUAACUAUUGGAUUAAAUGAAAAUGUGAAGGAGACGAAUAAUUCUAAUAAUUUGAAGGAUAUAAAUAUAAAUGGUACAAAAAUUUGUGAUACAUGUGAAGAAAAGGAUGAGGUGCAAAAUUUAGAAAAUAAAGAUAAAUCUAUUAUAAAUGAGACAAAUAAUAUAAAUUGUGUGAAUACUACAAAUAUUUCUUAUGACGUUAGAGAGGAAAAAGAAAAAGUCGUUUCAGCACAAGAAGUAUCAAAUAAUAGCAUAAUGAAUAAGAAAGAAAUUAAAAUAGUAGAGCAUAAUAAUAUUAGGAAAGAUAAUUAUUCUAAAAGUGUUGAUGAAAUAAUUUUAAAUAAUAAUAAAAAAAAGAAUAAUAUGAAUUUGAAUAUAUUAAAUAAAGAAAUAAAAAAGAGUAGUUUACAUAGUAUUUCUAACAAUUCUGUAAAUCCUUUUGUUUUAGAUUCUUUGAAUGUUUUUAGAAGAGAUACUGACGAGAAAGGACCUCAUAUAAUAAAUUAUAAUAAAAGAGAAACAUCUUAUGUGUUUGGAUGUUUGAAUGAAAAAAAAAUGGGUUCUACUAAUAAUAAUUUAAGUAGAGCAGGUAGUUAUAUGGUUAGAUCAAUUAGUUCAAAUUUAAGAAAAAAAAGUAAACAAAAAGAUAUUUUAAAAUUAGAUUAUGACAAAAAAGAAAAAGAAGAUAUAACAAAAGAAAAUCUUUUAACAUAUGAAAAUGAAUAUAUUAAUAAUAGUUCGAAUGAGAUGAAUAGUAAAUCAUAUAGAAGUUAUUCAUGUAUAAGUGAUAGAUCAUAUUAUAGAAAUAAAAAAGAAUUUGAGAUAGGAAAUGAAGAACAUAAUAGGAAAAAUAAGUUAAAUGCUUUUAAUCAUAUCAUAGAUAAUGAGAAAUUAAAAAAUGAGUUCCUAAAAAAACAUACAUUAGAAAUAAAUCAUAUGGAAAAUAAUGAUGAUAAUAAAAAUAAUGAUAUUCAUAAUAAUAAUAAUAAUAAAAAUAAUAGUGGUGAUAUUCAUAAUAAUAAUAAAAAUAAUAAUGGUGAUAGUAACAACAACAACAAUAAUAAUAAUAAUAAUAAUAGUACUGGUAGUAAUAAUAAUAAGAAUAAUAAUACUGGUAGUAAUAAUAAUAGUAGUAAUAAUAAAAAUAAUAACAAGUAUAAUAUUAAUAGUAAUCAUAAUAGUAAUUAUCAAGACAAAAAGAAAGUUAGUUUAUUUUCACAUGUAUAUGAACAUUUCAAUGAAAAUAAAAAAAAUGCAACUUCAAAUUUAAAAUUCUUCUAUAAAACAUAUAUGCCAGAUUAUGAAAAAAUAAUAGAGAAUGAUAAAAAAGCAGAAACGUUUGAUGUACCACCAUAUUGUGAAUUGGCUCCUUUAAUUGUAUUAACAAAGAAUUGUCAACUGUCAACCUUUGAAAAUAUUCUUACCAAACUUUUAAAUAACUAUUCUAAGAAUACAAAAAAUAAGGAUAAAAAUAAAAUGGAUAAGGUUUCAAAAAAUAAAACAAAAUAA